AUGGGUAAAUGUGCCUCGUCGCAUUGCGCCUGGCCUUCGCUGGCAGCGUUGAUACUCGGUCUGGGUAUCGGCAACAUCUCAGCUGCGAGCGUCUACAUCGCCGCAGAGCAGUGUCUUGCACCUGCGCCCUCCGCUACAGUGCCGGACUAUGUGAUGAAAUAUGCUCCGUUGAUAUGGAUACACUCGCAGGAUCCGUACCAGCCUUCUGACAUUGGUGCACAGCUGAAGAACUCGGUUCCCAUGAUAAACCAUGUUGCCAUCCCCAAUGUGCCAACCGACAUCACACUGGACAACCUAAACGAGCUUAACAAGUUGGGCGGGAGUAAGGCUCUUCCGGCCUGGUUUCGGGGCGUCAAGCCGAACAAGGACGGCAAGACCGAAGGUGCCGUUUCGUCUGCGAUUGUGGUCCGGGAACACGGCGAUGUAGACAAGACGGUCGAUGCGUUUUAUUUCUACUUUUAUGCGGAACACAACAUGAUACGCUUCCGCAACGGCGCUCCCGAGGCCAUCUGGUACAGCCAGCACGCUGCGGGCCAGGCUUUCCAGUUCAGCGCAACUGACAAGCGCGGAGUACGGCCAAUUGGCUUCAGCGGCAACGGCACUCAUGCUGUCUACGCCACCGCCGGAACGCACGACCACACGAUCCCCGGCCUCGACCUGCCCGCCGGUUUCCUUGAAGACGAAGCAGACGAAGGCACGCUGUGGGAUCCUACGCUGAGUGCGUACGUCUACUCCUACUCCUCGACGACCGGUCUCUUUACCCCUUAUGACCCCACCACGCCUACCAACUGGCUCUACUACCAGGGCCACUGGGGCGACGAGCAGCUCCCUGACGACGCACCGGGCCAGGUCGACCUCUUUGGGCAGCGAAAGUACUCCACCGGGCCUGACGGGCCGAUGUUUAAGGAGCUGGUGAGGGAGAAGGUGUGUCCAAGCGGCGUGAAGCUAUGUCUCGUGCUGCCGUGGGUGACUGCGGUGAACGAGCAGGAGAGGAAACAGGUGCUCGCUGACCUCGUAAAGGAGGAGUUGAAGCGAGAGGGCUCCAAGAAACCUUCAAAGUCUCUCCCCUGA